AUGUUUGCAAAUAGCAACACGCUUGGGAUUAUGGGUCCAACUCGGCAGAGGACAGCAAGCGAUACUGUUAUCAACUUUGAUAACGUUACGCCUCAGAAAUCAGCCUCUCAACAAGUAUCAGCAGGGACAUUAUCAUAUGAAGAAGCCCAAGAAAUUAAACAAGCAGCAGUUAUACUGUUUAAAAGGUUAAUUGAAAUAUUGAGAGUAAAGCAACUGCUACUGGAAGAGACAAUUUAUACAGCUUCCAACGUUCUCAAUGCGACCAUGAAUGAGAUCUCGUUCCGAGUAGACUCGUUA